CAAAAAUCCCCGCCAACUUCAUACAAAGGAAAAGUUCCAUGGAUUGUGCUGUUUAUUCUUCAAUGAAAUCCAACGGUAAAUUUCAUUGAAAAUCCACAAAUUCUAUCCAAAGCCCUGUAAAAUACAAUGGCAUUGUGUAGAAACCGAAUCCUCAAAACAACUCAUCACAUUACUCUUCUCAAGCUAUCCAAUCAAAAUUUCAUCAAUUCAACUAUUUAUACAAACAGAUAUGACCACAAUUUGAUUCAGACAAAACCCAUUUGCACCAAUGCGAGUCGAACCACAGUUGAAGCCCUGAUUUCCAUUUUUACAAAGCGACCGUUUUCUUUAGAAUCCCCAGAGCUUCAAGAGUUAAGCUCAUAUCUGACUCCUGAAAUAGUGGAAACUGUUUUGAAGUCCUUCAAGAAUUGGAGAGUAGCGCAUAUGUUCUUCAACUGGGCAUCCGAUCAAAAAGGGUAUGCGCAUAGUUGCUAUACUUAUAAUGCCAUGGCAUCAAUCCUAUCAAAUGCUCGACAAAAUGCCCCGUUGAGAGCUCUUGCUCUAAAUUUAUCGAAUUUUCAGUUUUUCUGGACGCCUGGGGCUUUGGGUUAUUUUAUAAGGUGUUUAGGUAGUCAAGGCCUGGUUAAAGAGGCUAUUGAUCUAUUUGAUCAAGUGAAGAGCUCAAGAGUUUGUGUUCCAAAUAGUUACAGCUAUAACUGUUUAUUGGAGGCAAUCUCGAGGAGUGGAGAUGUUGGUUUGAUUGAGACUAGGUUUAAUGAAAUGAGGGAUCUUGGUUGGCAGAUUGAUAAGCAUACUUUGACACCAUUGUUGCAGUGUUAUUGCAACAGUGGGGAGUUUGAAAAGGCCUUGGGUGUUUUUAAUGAGAUGAGAGACAAGGGAUGGGUUGAUGCACAUGUAUUGACUACUUUACUGGUGUCUUUUAGCAAGUUGGGCGAGGUGGAUAGGGCUUUUGAGUUGAUCAUGUGGAUGGAAAAGGAACAAAAUAUUAGUUUAAACGAGAAGACAUUUUAUGUCUUGAUUCAUGGGUUUGUAAAGGAAUCCAGAGUGGAUAGAGCCUUGCAUCUAUUAGAUAAAAUGAGAAAAACGGGAUUCAUUCCAGACAUUUCAAUCUAUGAUGUGUUAAUUGGAUGUUUGUGCAAGAAUAAAGAGAUUGACAAGGCCUUGAUGUUGUGCAACCAAAUGAGGGAACUAGGUAUGACUCCUGAUGUUAAAAUAAUGUCAAUGCUUUUAUCAUGUUUACAAGAUGAGAAAGACAUGAUUUGGUUGCUUGAAGAAAAGCAGGCAGAUUUGGAUUUGGGGAAAAGGAUGUUACUUUAUAAUUCUGUUUUGUCUGGUUUUGUUAAUAAUGGUUCAGUUAAUAGAGCCUAUCAUUUGCUGAAGGCCACGAUUGGCAAUGGAACGAAUGGAGGUUUUGAGGCAGAAAAUAUCAUUUUGGUUAAGGAAAAUGUUUGCCCUGAUACCACUUCUUUCCAAAUAGUCAUUGAUGGUCUGUGCAAAAGUGAUAAGUUAGACCUGGCCCUUGGCCUAUUUUUUGAGAUGGAUCAAAUUGGCAGUAAACGUAGUGUGUUACUUUUUAAUAAUUUAAUCAAUUGUUUGAGCAUUGCUGAUAGGUUGAAUGAAUGUUUUGAUCUUCUGAAUAAGAUGAAGGAAUCAGGAUUCCAGCCAACGCAUUUCACCUUCAAUUCCAUAUUUGGGUGCUUAUGUAGACGAGGGGAUGUUGCAGGAGCUCUUGAUAUGGUUAGGGAAAUGCGUUUGCAUGGGCAUCAACCCUGGAUAAAAUAUUAUACCCUGCUUGUCAAAAAACUUUGUGAGCAAGGGAGGGCAGAUGAUGCCCAUAAUUUCCUAGUUAACAUGACUCAGGUAGGAUUCCUGCCUGAUAUGGUUGCCUAUUCUGCAACUAUUUAUGGUUUUCUCAAGACCAAGGAACUGGAUCAAGCUUUGGAGAUAUUCAGAGAAAUAUGUAGACGUGGUUAUUGUCCUGAUGUAGUUGCAUAUAACACGAUAAUAAAUGGGCUGUGCAAAGCCAAAAGGAUACUGGAAGCUGAGGAUGCUAUGAAUGAGAUGUUCAGUAAGGGACUUGUUCCAUCAGUUGUUACUUACAACUUUUUAAUUGACGGGUGGUGCAAAAAUGGUGACAUUGAUAGAGCUCUCGUAUGUUUUUCGAGGAUGGUAGAGGAAGAACAGGAACCAAAUAUCAUAACGUAUACAACUUUAGUAGAUGGGUUAUGCAAUGCUCAAAAACCAGAUCAUGCACUCAAGCUUUGGACUGAAAUGGAGCACAAAGGAUGUGCUCCAAAUAGAAUUGCUUAUAUGGCUCUCAUUCAUGGGCUUUGCAAGUGUGGGAAAUCAGAUGAUGCUCUGCUCUAUUUGCAAAAGAUGGAAGACAAGGAGAUGACACCCGAUCCUUUUGUGUAUGAAGCUUUAGUAGAUGCUCUUAUGUCAAAUUCGAAUACAAUUAUGGCUCAUGAAGUAGCAGAAAAGAUGGCCAAGCUUACAAAUACUAGCUGAAAAGUGUCUGAGAACUGUGAAGUGAGGCAGUUAAAUGUGAAUUAUGCAUUCCUAAAUGGAAUACUACAAGAAGAUAUUUAUAUGAGCCAACCUACAUUGACAAAACAAACCAGGGCAUGCUUGCAAGGUCGAGGAUGCUCUACAUGGUUUUAAACAGAUCCAAGACAUAAGUGCUGAUGAUGCUCAUUUGCGUAGAUGAUAUGAUAGUCACUAGAAAUGACACAAGAGUCAUUAAAUCAAUUUGUGGAGAAGUUAUCUACAUUGAAGGACUGUGGCUCAUUACAUUGCUUUUAGGGAUUUGAAGUCUUUAGAGAUGAAAGCAGCAUUUACUUAGAAAUGAUACAUAGAGGAUCAUCUUUUAAUGGACAGGCCUACGGAACACUAAAUCUUGUCCAACUCUAGUAACUGUUGGAAGGAGUCUUGUGCCUCAGUGUAGAUCAAGGCUAGACAUUGCAGUUGUGAAUAAACGAAGUCAGUUCUUGGAGGAUCCUAGAGCCCAAAUUUGCAGGCAGUCAAAGAGAGUCCUAAGGUAUCUGAAAGGGACAGUGGAACGUAGUUUGCACAUCAAAUAAAGUAUAGGCCUAUUUGGCUUUUCUGACGCAGACUGGGUGCAUCCCUGAUGAUAGAUAUCUGUUGCUCAUUACUGUCUUCCAUAGGAACACUAUAGCAUCUUGGUAUUCUCAACAAUGUGGUUGCAAGAUCAAGUACUGAGUCUGAAUACAUGGCUUUGACUCGAGUCUCCUGUGUAUCGGCUUCGUUAGAAUCAUUGCUGAAAGAGUUCUCAUUUCCCUUGCCUCUGGUUCCUAUUACUUGGUGUGUGAACAUCAGUUCUUGUGCUCUAGCAUCCAAUCCAUUAUACCAUUCUAGGACUAAACAUAUUGAAGCUGACAUUCACUUUCUUUGUGAUCAAAUUCUAGGAAAGCAAUUAGAAGUAAGAUAUAUGCUAUCAAGUGGCUGAUUGUUCAACGAAGGUAAUGAUUCGUUCCAAGUUCAGUUCCUUGAAGGAGAAACUUGGGGUUGUCAAAAGGGCACCAUCCUAUUUAAGGGAGUUGUUGAAUCAAUUAGCUAACACCUAAUGGAGGCUAGUGAGCUAGUUUAAGAGACCGAGGCCACCACUAUUUGUGCAACAGAAAGCCAGUCAGUUCCCUUCUUUAACUCAGAAUAUUUUUCUUCUCAAUUCCAUGUGUUUGUUAUUUGAUUAUUUUAGUUGUAUAUUAUUGUUUGUAAAACUUAUACAUGAUUAAGUUAACAAGUUUCAUUUCAUGACUUA